CAUCGUAACAGCAUCCGGUUUUAAGACAAGCUAGCUUGGCGAAACAGCAGCUCACGGGCGACACUAUCCACUUUAUAACUCGAAGGCCAAAAAAGACAGCUCGGUCCGGUCCGAUCCGUAACGAUGGACGCGGUUUUUGUCGACUCGUCGUGUAUUGUCGGUGUCUCCUCUGUCGCGAGCUCGGCUAGUUAGCACAGCCGGCUAACUGCCUAAUUAAAGCCUGACAAGUGCUCGGCAGCUUGUCUGACUGCUGGACGAAAGAGAUCUGCCAAGAAGGGGGAAAUUAUUAACUUACAGCUUAAAAGGUUUACAGUUGACACAACAGAGAGAUAUCAGGCGCUGGUAUGAACAGGGUUUUUCAAGUGCUUUUGGUUUGACUUCUGUUUUUUGGCUCAUAAACACACAAAAAGGACUGGUAAUUAUCGUUAUUUGCUUUGGUUUAGUCUGAAAUAUGAUAAUCUGUCAUAACUGUGAAGGCGUGGAGUUUUCUUGAUUGCUGUUGUGUGAAAACUAAAUUGAAAAAAACAAAACAGUAUUGUCAUUUUCAUACUCGGAUCGCUGGAUUAAUGUGAGUGCUUUAGGGCAGAGCUAAUUGUGAUGAUAGUCUUUUGCACGUCAACGUGUCACACCUGUCUGCAGUAGGUCCGGGUGUCAGUUAGGAAAAAUAAACACGUGUGAUUCACCAUCCUGUUCACAGGACUUGGAGAAACUUUGCACUACAAUUAAUGCCUGGUACAUCUCUAUCAGUUACAUCUCAUAACUAAUUACUUGAAAUAACAACAUUCCUGCAAACUUUUGAAUUUGCAGCUUUGGCUGAAAAUGUGCAUAUUAAAUCGCACAUUGCACAUAGUCACUCUUUGAUUUUUUGUGGUGUUGUGUGGCAUGUAAGAGGCUAAGAUUUAUGUCAUGUUUGCCAAGAUUCAGCAACGGACAAGCCUAUUGUCAUGAUGCUUUCUGUCCUUUUUGAUGAUUAAACGGUACAUCUUAGGCUUUAACAUGAUCUCAGAGGUAUAACAUUAAUAGGAUGGUGUAGGUUUAUGUGUCUUAGAUGUUUUGUUAGUUUGAGCUGUUUGGUUAGGGGAGUGGUAAUGACUAGGUGUUUGCUCUGUGACUGACCAAGAGCCAAACUGUAGUUGUAUGUACAUUGCUGCGAUCUUGACCAUCUACCACAAUGCCGGCUGUACUGUUAUGCUUGACGUUGCUGGGAGCAUUAUGCAGCCUCGGACAGGCCAUGUCACGGGAGGAGAAGCACAAGUUGAGGAACCAAGUGAUUGAGAUGUUUGACCAUGCAUAUCAGAAUUAUAUGGACCAUGCGUACCCAGCAGAUGAGCUGAUGCCACUAACAUGCAGAGGAAGAGUUCGUGGGCUUGAACCAAGUCGAGGUGACGUUGACGACGCUCUGGGAAAGUUCUCUCUGACCCUCAUUGACACUCUGGAUACUCUGGUGCUUCUGAACAAGACGACAGAGUUUGAGGCUGCAGUGAGGAGAGUGCUGUCAGAUGUGCGGCUGGACAACGACAUUGUGGUGUCCGUCUUCGAAACCAACAUUCGAGUCCUCGGAGGUCUGUUGGGAGGACACUCCAUGGCUGUGAUGCUGAAGGAUGGAGGUCAACACAUGCAGUGGUACCAGGAUGAGCUCCUGCAUAUGGCCAAAGACCUGGGCCUCCGACUGCUGCCAGCCUUCAACACCAGCAGCGGCCUGCCUUAUCCCAGGGUGAAUUUGAAGCACGGUGUCAGGGGUCCUGAGACAAGAACAGGCACUGAAACAGACACCUGCACUGCGUGUGCCGGAACCAUCAUCCUGGAGUUUGCUGCCUUAAGUCGCUUCACCGGGGAUCCCGUGUUUGAGGCCCACGCCCGGAGAGCCCUGGACUUUCUGUGGGAGAAGAGACAGAGAAACAGCAAUCUGGUGGGAACCACCAUCAACAUCCACUCUGGAGAGUGGGUCCGCAGGGACAGUGGAGUGGGAGCGGGAAUUGACUCAUACUAUGAAUAUCUGCUAAAGGCUUACAUCCUCUUGGGAGAUGACCUGUUUCUGCAGCGGUUCAAUAUCCACUAUGCAUCUAUAAUGAAGUACAUUAGCCAGCCUCCGCUGCUGCUGGAUGUCCACAUCCACAAACCUCUGCUUCCUGCUCGCACCUGGAUGGACUCUCUGCUGGCCUUCUUCCCUGGACUGCAGGUGUUGAAGGGAGAUAUCCGUCCUGCCAUCGAGACUCAUGAGAUGUUGUAUCAAGUUACAAAGAAACACAACUUCCUCCCAGAGGCCUUCACUACUGAUUUCAGGGUACACUGGGCCCAACAUCCCCUGAGGCCUGAGUUUGCAGAGAGCACCUAUUUCCUUUACAAGGCCACAGGAGACCCUUACUACCUGGAGGCAGGUCGCACUAUCCUAGACAACCUCAACCGCUUUGCUCGUGUUCCCUGCGGCUUCGCUGCAAUGAAGGACGUGCGCACAGGGAGCCACGAGGACAGAAUGGACUCAUUCUUCCUUGCUGAGAUGUUCAAAUACCUCUUCCUGCUGUUUGCUGAUGUGGAGGAUUUACCGUUUGACGUGGAGGACUACGUCUUCACAACCGAGGCCCACCUGCUGCCCCUGUCCCUGUCCACAGCGCCUCACUCUUCAUCGAUUCCUUCAAACAGAACUUCAGAGGAGGAGCUUGACGACUCUAACUUUGAUUGGACCUGCCCCAACACUCGGCUCCUGUUUCCUGACCCCGCCUUCCCUCGUAACCUGAGAGAACCAAUUCGUAGUGCUGUGGACAAGAGCUGCCCCCGUCCUGCUCCCUACCGGGAGCCCGGUAUGGGCCGUCCUCCCCUCAGGGCUCAGGACUUCAUGGCAAACAACCCUGAACAUCUGGAGCUGCUGAGGCGAAUGGGAGUCAGUCUCAUCCACCUGAAAGACGGCAGGGUGCAGCUGGUCCAGCACGCAACUCAGGCGGUGAGUGCGGUAGCAGCAGAGGACGGCGUGCGCUUCAUGCAGGAGAUGAUGGAGCUGUCCAGCCAACAGCAGAAAGAGCAGCUGCCUCCCAGAGCCAUUCAGAUCGUCUCACAUCCAUUCUUUGGCAGAGUUGUGCUGACCGCCGGCCCAGCGCAGUUUGGCACAGACCUUUCCAAAAGUUCCACAGGGGUACGAGGCUUCGUGACCGUGGCUGAACCCUACAGCGGCUGCACCGAGAUCACCAACGCCGAGUAUGUGCAGGGCCACAUCGCUCUCCUUCAGAGGGGUCAGUGCAUGUUUGCAGAGAAGGCCCGACACAUCCAGAAGGCUGGCGCCAUCGGAGGCAUAGUCAUCGACGACAACGAGGGCAGCAGCAGUGACACGGCUCCCCUGUUUCAGAUGGCAGGGGACGGCCGCAGCACGGAUGACAUCACCAUGCCUCUCCUCUUCCUCUUCCACAAGGAGGGCAACAUCCUGUUGGAGGCGCUGAAGGAGUACAGGGAGGUGGAGGUGCUGCUGAGCGACAAAGCCAGAGACCGAGCAGCCAUAUUUAAAGGUAAAGCUCUUCCUGGCAGCCUGAUUGAGGGCAGUGUGGACGUGCAUGAAGCGGAGGAAGACUGCUUAACCGAGGCAACAACUCCCACCUCGUUCGAACCUAUUAGCCAAUCACAAAUGAGCACGUUAGAGCAGGAAGAACUGCCUCCUGAGGAGGCUACUCCAUCACAGGAGGAAGUCAGUCCUGUGGAACAAGACACUAGUCCUGCAGAGGAGGUUGGACCCCCGGAAGAGGAAGCUAGUCCUGCAGGGGCCGAUUUGACGCAGCCCAAAGAGGACAGAGACUCUGAGAAGACAGAGGAGCCCGAGGGCGACACAGACUCAAGCAGCCAGUCAAUGGAUGAGCUGCUGGCUGAUUGGCGGGAAGACUUGGAGGCGUUUCAGCAGAUGGAAAUGGAUGAGCUCUGACAGUCGUCGGGCGUGUCGUGCCCUGUGACUGCGGUUUGAUCCCACUCUGGGGAGAAACCUGGAGGGGACGCUUCUUCACUAGUCUCAAUAGUGACCACAGAGGAAGCUGGGGAGAUGUCUUUCAAUGAGUGUUUGUUCUCUUGCUCUCUGUGGAUGGUUUUCAUGUGCCAAGGCUGCCCACAUACUGUAUCUCUGGACCAUUAGGGAGUCCUGUUUAGCCUUGUAGUUCAUGGCUCAGAGACCAGGGUUCUUACCUCACGUCCUCAUACAGUUUCUGUUUAUCUGUCAUAACAAAAGCCUAAUGAAUGACAUGGACCAGACUGUAUGUAACAGCGUUGCCACUCCAAUUCACACUGUUCUCUCUAUGCAUUUCUGACUCCUUUUUGCUCCAACGAAUGCUGGUCCAACAACUACUAAUUAAACCAUCGACCAAUUAAUUUUUAUUUUUUAUUUGUGAACAUACAUUAAUUGUCUUUGUGGUCCUGGGCCUGAAUCAUCAGGACUUGAUUCAUGUGGGGAUCACUGACGUUGAAUAAGCUGCAGGAUCUUUUUAUGGCUUUAGGGUAGGCAAACUCAACACCAAACUUGAUCUCUCUGGAGGAUAUAUGAAGUCAUCUGUCAGUGUAAAUAUGUAUUUGUGGAGAUAUGUGUUGACUGAAACAAAUAUAGUGCUGCUUUGCUCAGGUUCUGGCUUCACCCCACAAACGACAACCUCUGGACCACAUCGGGUGGAGCAGACACACCCUCAGCAGCGGGAUGGAUUACACACUUAUAAGUCGCCACAGGAGGGCGCUAUGAGAUCUGUCUGUCAGGUUUUAGCUGCUGACUGAUUGGAAGGAGUAGAAAUAAACCAAUAAAUUAACAUGAUGAAAUUGAAUAAAAAUUAAGAGGGAAACU